UUUUCUUACCAAUAUUAAUCAGAUAUUAUUUACAAUGAAUCUGAGAUAAUUACACAAGGCGUUAGUAAUUAACCAAUACUUGAUCUUGUUGACUUUAAUUAUUGACAUUUCUGGCUAAAUUUUGACCAUGUCGAACGGAAGCAUUUAUCUUAAGUUAAUAUUUAUCUUCAGUGUUCCAGUAGCCUUAGGCAUAACAUCGACAAAAUAUAUGACACACUAUUGCCAUCACAAUGUUAUAUUCGUCAACUCCAGUCUCAUCCUAGAACUUACCAAUAAUCUCCUUGAAGUGGAACCGGAAGACCAUAUACACUGUGCAGCAAAGAUAUUGACAGACCCCGGCUCAAAAUUACUGCUACAUUUUAUAACAUUAGAUAUUUCAUUUCACAACCUUUCACCCGACAGACUGCAUAUCUUUGACUACAGUAAGAACGGUAAUGCUUCGCAAGUCUCUCCAGCAGGAGGGUUGUAUGGUAUCUAUGACCAAUACUACACACAUACCAGUUCCGGUGUACAGGACUAUUUAUCGUCUGGUAACAUGUUCCGGUUAGAUUACAUGGGUAAACCAAGUUUACUCUACCGAGGGUUUAGAAUCUUGAUAACAUCAGUAAAAGAUCCCAAUCCGGAUGGAGGAUGUGCUACCUUUCACUCUCGUUGUUCAAAGGGAUCCAUCUGUAUACCUACAAGUACUUUAUGCAAUGGGGAUCAUAACUGUGGAACAAAAGACGACAGCGAUGAAACCCAAUGUAAUUGGGUUUUGUCUACAGGUUUAGAGGAAAAAUAUGCGAUUGGCAAUGUUAUAACAGCCGGGGCUUUAGCCAGCUUGUCGUUUGUUCUUGUUGUUGUUUUAGUAUUCGGAGUAAUUUACAGAUACAACAAAAGAAGCUAUUUACGAAGAGAAAGCAUUCAAGUUCAUGCUAGGAGAAAUGCAGAUGGAAAGUGGAAAAUUACAAAUGACAUGGGUUUGACUGCUCAGAUAUAUGCGCCACCUACAUAUGAUGACGUUGUAGCAGAUGAAGAGAACGAAGGACCACCACCAGCAUAUGAAUCGUUGCCAUGUUCAGUUCGAAAUUCUUGUGAGUUACGACAUAGCCGAAGUGGUUCACUUACAAUUGUGUGCGUCCCAAAUAGAGAUAUUCAUCUGCAUAAUGAAGCAUUAGACAUUUCAGAAAUGCAAUGUUUUAUCGUUAGUUCCGAAGAAGAGUUACACACACACAGUAAUGAAACUAGCACAACAGAACCUUCGUAUGCACAAGGUACAUGUAGUUGUACAGAUUCUGACAUUUCAAAUCAAUUUCAAAAUGUAUCCAUCGGUGAGAAAGAUCAGGAAUCCUCUAGCUCACAAUCAGUGAAUUCCUCAUCAGACAAUAAAAAGACUGAUUCUAAUGAAAAUUUGAUUCGUCCAAAAAUAAUAGGAAUUGUCGAUGAUGAAAUAGAAUACAUGGACGACAAUAUGUGAUUUCCGAUGCAAUCUUUAUUUUAUGCAUUUAUUUAUUUAUUUAUAUUAUUUAUUUUCAGCUAUUUGUAUAUGCCUUUAUAUGCCAAAUUGAUAUAUGGUGCUUAAUUUAUAUGACAAAGAUACUUAUCAGUUAUAUGAUAGAUUGACGGUAAUGAACUUUUAUUAAACAAGAUAUUUUUUACUUGUUGCAGAAUGAAAUUGUUAAGGCUUUGAAAAUAAAAACUUAGCAGGUCUUUUUCA